UUUACACACAACGCACACUAGCAAGAUCGAAAAUCCACAUCGAAAAUCCACACCAAAAAUUUUGCGGAUCCUCGCUCUCUCCAUAGGAACUUCUACGGUGCGUGUUACUUCUUCGAAGUUGAUGGAGUUUGAGCCCAUUAACAGCGAGCUUACUGUGGCGCCAUUGGGCUGUCAUCGUCGGGUAUAUACGUAUAAAGUAACGCAGUCCGAUAUUCUGGGACAUGAGUGCUGGAACUAUGUGAGCGUAUGGUCGUGCUGGGGACGGUGCGACUCCAGCGAGAUCUCCGAUUGGAAGUUCCCUUAUUAACUUUCGUUCCACCCGGUCUGCGACCACGCAAAGCGGCAGCCAGUGAUAGCAAUCCUGAAAAACUGUCACCCUAAAGCGGAAAAGAGCGUUAGCAACUACCGCAAGUAUACGGAGGCAGUGAACUGCCACUGCCAGACGUGCUCCACACAAGAUACUAGUUGUGAGGCUCCGGUUAAUAACAUGAUGACUAGGGGCAGCAAGGCAAUCAUGAUAGGAGCCGAUACUGAAAACUUGGACUGUUAAGGCGUUCUUAAUAAAGCAGUGUUGUUCAAACGGGUGG